UCAGCGUCUGGGAUGCUGAGCAGGCGGGCGGGGCCGUUUUUCCUUGCGAUGCCCUGCUGUAGCAGGAAGAGCAGAGCGGACACAGGAGGGGAGCAGAGCACGGUUCGCACGGCUCAUUUUCGACAUCGUUUUUCUGAUCGUUCGCAUUCUGCAACCACAAUGGGAUUACUACGUUUUUAACGCCAAAAACAACAACAACAAAAAAAGACGUCGGAGCCUUGUUAUACGGACAUCCCGAUUUCCUCACAUCAGUAGGUACACCUUAGCGUGGAUCGAGAUUUUCUGUGGCGUCAGCCCGGUGGAAAGGGUGUUUUUGGUGUCUUAGUGGAACGCUACAUCCCGCAGCAUGGCGUGGCCCUGCAUCAGCCGGGCGUGCUGCAUGGCCCGCUUCUGGAACCAGCUGGACAAGGCUGACAUCGCAGUGCCUUUGGUCUUCACCAAGUACACCGACGUGUCGGAGAUGCAGCACAUCCAGCUGCAGCCGCAGCUCCAUCCUCCCCAGGCCCGGGUCGCCAUAGAAACGCAGCCGUCGCGUGCGGAGCGCCCCGCCAAGGCGCAGCGCGGGCCGCGCAGGUGCGUCUCUGAGGAGCGCGUGUGCAGGUCGGUGAUGCGCGAGGACUUCAAACACUGGAAAGUGCGGCCCGAACCCAGCUGUAAACCCAGGAACGAGUACCACGAGCCGGAGACCCCGUUCAACAACGAGACCCAGUACCAGAAGGACUACAAGGCCUGGCCUAUCCCGAAGAGGUACGACCACCCCUGGAUACCCAAACCCCCACCAGGCGACGACCAGCGAACCAGGGGCGAGAAAAAGCACGUAGGGCUCGAUGCGGAAUGCGGCGUGGAGAAAGGCGCCAUUGCCGACAAGGUGCAGGAAAAGGACCUGCUACAGGGGCAGGAGAGGAAGAAGCGGACCAGCAAGCAGGAGGGGGAGAAGAAGGUGGUCCUGAAGGUGGAGGCAGAGGGCAGGGGGAGGGCGGCGGUGGAUGCCCUGAACCGACAGAUCAAAGAGGAGAUCACAGCUGGGACCUCCUACAAAAAUGAAUUCAAGGCAUAUAAAGAUGUGACGCCAGUAAAGAUGAUUCGGGCAAAGUCUCAGUACCUGCCUCCAGAUGAAAAGACGAGCUUAGAGACCAGCUACAGCGCCAACUUUAGGGGACUAGCUCCACUGCGGCCCACUGACAACAAGGCCCAAGACAGGAGGAGGAUACGCAGUUUGUACAGCGAGCCUUACAUAGACCCCAUCAAACAGGUUGACAGGUAUAGUGCCCUGCGCUCUAAACCUAAAAAGCCUGGAGCCACAGCUGCAGGCCAGGGUAAACCGGUGAGGAAAGCCAAAGAUAAGCAAAGCGCCACGCUGAAGGGCUCCAAGAAGACGACCUCGGAGAACCAGGCCGAGAACCGACCAGCAGUUGGGGACAAGGAGAAAAGUAAAGAGAUCAACAACAAACUGGCUGAGGCAAAAGAAUCACUAUAGUAACGAGUGGGCGGAAGCAUCCUCUUUCCUGUCUCCGCCAUUUGAUGCUACCCACCUCCCCCACUCUGCUCGCCUCCAUCUCCAGGUUGCCAUGGCUACUUGGCUGCCUCGCCAACCAAUGGAUGACUCUUGUUGCAUGGGCCCAUUUACAAGCACGUCUGAAGGGUUGGCUUUGAUCAGCUGAGCAGAUUGCUUUGUAGAGUUUAUCAAGGAUUUGUCUUUUUUCCCUUCUUUUGGUUUUUUUGGAAGAAAAAGUGACUCAUAUUGGCUCUUUUGUAUGAAAUCCACCACCCCCCUUAAAAAAAGACAGCAAACUACAAAAUCUUUGAUAAAUGUCCCACUUGGUUAUUCAUGAUGUGUGCGUGGUCCACAGCAUCUUCUGUAUGUGCUCUCUUUGUUUCUCUAUCUGCCUAAAGGUCUGUGUUUGGCAACAUCACCAUCAGCUCUUUGGUAAAUGUGAUUUCCUUUCCACUGUCUUAUUGUGAACUCUGUUCAAUGAUAGAGGAUGUCCUUAAUUCAUCUAAAGAUCCUGUACACCCAUCCAGCAUAUGCCUAUUUCAUGUAAAGCUCAUUGUAACACCUAAUUUGUUUCCUAAGGCCCUGGUUUCUGCAUCAAAGCCCAGUCCUUCGGAGAGCACAGGAGGAUUUCCUAUGAAUUACAUAAUGCUGUUAUGCAGACGUAACCCUUUUAAAUCACAAUACUACCAUUUCUCAUAAUGCAAGUGGGAGGUGCUUAGAGGAGCUGGGAACUGGUGAUGUUGAGUGGUGUUGUGUGUUUGCUGCCUGCCAAGCACACAGCGCUCACAGCUGUCAGCCUGCUUGGUUGUAACUCACUAUAAUCACCUCUAACACUGUUUUUACCAGCAAGGCUUAUCCGUCUGUGAAGCCACAGUUAUGGGAUUGCUUUACAAAAUGAACUCACAACAUGAUCCUCAUCCAGUUGUCACAUUUUCUAUCUCCCCUGUUUGGAGGGAACCCUGUAUCAUAAGCUACUGAGGUAUAACAUAUUUGGAAGGUUACAUUCCUUGACCAACUUUUGCCCUACUAAUAAAGUUCCAUUCAGUCAUUGAUUCCUCCCGCCCCUCCCCAUCUAUCAAUCUCUUCUCUGUUAUAGUGACCUAAAGAAGAAAGUUCGGGGAGAGUCUAAAUUAAAAAGAAUUUCACCUGGGUUUAUGAUUUUAUUACACCAAUGUAGCAUCGGUACCAACUGUGAGGCCAUAAAAUAGCAUCUUAUGUUAGGAAGUGCUGUCAUUUUUUGAAUCAGAUUUUCAUUUUUUCCCCUGUGCCAGAUAGAACGUUACAUCUAUUUUGUCUUAGUUUUACGCCUGUCUUACAGGGACUGCUCAGUCACACAGCAGUGUCGUAACGUCGUCUCCGCUUUAUAUUAUAAAUAAUUAAUUACGGCCCAGAAAAUACUUCUAGUUCUUUUAUCUUCUUACAUUGUUAUCCUUAAAGAGAACUUGGCGUCAGCAGGUCAAAGACUUACUAACACUAAUCGGAAAUUGGUGCAGAACUGCCACUCAGAUGACCAAAAUAAGGGCUUUAUUCUCACACGGGUAUAGUUUGUCUGUUCUUAUUAAAUUCUUCUUUCUGGUACAAUCACAAAUCAUGUACUGUUGAAACUUAGCUACCAGGAGGUAGAUUGAAAGGAAGUGGAAAUACAAUGAAUGUCUUCAUAAUGGAUGGAUGGAUGGAUGGAUGGAUGGAUGGAUGGAUGGAUGGAUGGAUGGAUGGAUGUUUCUUGCUUCAGACUGUAAAAUGUCCAAUAAUCCCAGACGUCUUUGUGAGGAUAUAGUGCAGCAGACAGGGGUUGUACCUUAGGCUGAGGUUCUGAGCUGGCUCUGGCAGGUAAAGGCCCUGGAGCUCCAAACCAAGCGGCAGGGUGUGUUGCAUUUCGGUUUUUAAAAUGAAAGAAAAUGUCUUUUACCGUAUGUCCCUUUUAACACUGCUUGUCAUCAUAAUCGCCCUCUAUUUGUGUUCGUCCAUUUCUGGAAGCAGGACCCCAGGUCCAUGAGAGCUGUCGUGUUUUAGAUCACACGGGCCAUGGAAACUCUUUUCACCGUGUCACGCUGUCACUGUUUUGUCUGCAGAACAACAUCUCCCCCUUCAUUCAGAACAACUUAACGUUCUGUGUUUUCGUUCUAUCUCUUCAGCAACCAUCACCACCAUACAUAUCCAAGCCAAACACCGAGCCCAUCGGGGACGAGGGCCCGACUCAUUAGCAUUUUGCAGCCUUUGAUUGGUGAUGGUUUGGGGAGUGGGGGCACCAUGUCAUGUAACAUAAGGGGGAUGGGGGGCUCUUAAAUGUAAAUUAGUACACCCACACACCUGGUGCUAUCUAUAUGUAUUUACCAGGAAAAAGAAGGCUUAGAAAGUCUGCUAAAGAAAGCUAUGUCUUGGACAAAAUCAACUGUGACGUGCUUGUGUUUUAUCUGCUUGAUCUUAUUUAAUGACACAUUAUAAAUAAAUGCAAAACGCAGAAAAAGCA